GCUUCCUCCCCGCGCCCACCACGCACCGACCUUUGGACGCCCCCCUCGCCGUGACUCUUCUUCCACUGAUCCCUCGCCGUCGCCGGCCGGCGAACCAGCGCCAUGGUCUCCGCCCGCAGGGGCCACGGCGGCGGCGGUAACGGCGCCAUCCGCCCCCGCCCCCGCGACGGCGUGGCGGCGCGCGUGGCCGUGCUCGGCUUCUGCGUCGCCGGGAUCUGGUCCGCCUACAUCACCCAGGGCGUCCUCCAGGAGACUCUGUCGACGAAGCGGUUCGGGCCGGAGGCGCGGCGGUUCGAGCACCUCGCGUUCCUCAACUUCGCGCAGAACGUCGUCUGCUUCAUCUGGUCCUUCAUAAUGAUCAAGCUGUGGUCUGGUGGUAGUAGCUCCACCGGCCGCGCGCCAUUGUGGAAGUACUGGGGCGUCAGCAUCACCAACACCAUCGGGCCGACUAUGGGGAUCGAGGCGCUCAAGUACAUCAGCUACCCGGCUCAGGUGUUGGCAAAAUCUUCUAAGAUGAUUCCAGUAAUGCUGAUGGGGACUCUACUCUAUGGUGUGAAGUACACAUUUCCAGAGUAUCUUUGCACCUUUCUUGUUGCUGGUGGUGUAUCGUCCUUUGCAUUGUUGAAGACAAGCUCCAAGACAAUUAAGAAGCUCGCCAACCCUAAUGCACCCCUUGGCUAUACAUUGUGCUUCCUCAACUUAGCUUUUGAUGGGUACACUAACUCGACCCAAGAUUUAAUAAAGUCCAGGUACCCUAAGACUAAUCCAUGGGACAUAAUGCUUGGCAUGAACCUCUGGGGGACCAUAUACAAUGCUAUAAUUAUGUUUGUUGCACCAUUAAUAUUCAGUAAUUGGCCAUAUGCCAACGGUUUUGAGGCAGUGAAAUUUUGCCAGGAAAACCCAGAGGUGGCCUGGGAUAUUUUCCUGUUCUGCCUAUGUGGUGCCGUGGGGCAGAAUUUCAUUUUCUUAACCAUCAGCCGGUUUGGCUCUCUUACUAACACAACAAUCACUACCACCCGCAAAUUCAUGAGCAUCGUGGUUUCAUCCGUCAUCAGUGGCAACCCGUUGUCUUUGAAGCAAUGGGGAAGUGUUGUGAUGGUCUUCUCCGGCCUCUCUAUCCAAAUCCAUCUCAAAUGGAAGAGAAAGAAGGGCAGAGACCACAAGUAGUAAGCUCAAUUCUUGAACUCAUUCAAGAUUUGUAACGUCGAUGAACAUAUCUGUUGUGAGGUUGAUCGGGAGAUCAUUAAUGUAGCCCAUUGGAAAUUUAGGAAAAAUUUACAUGGAUUAUAAUAUGUGAUAUUUAUGGUAGAUUGCUGUAGUGUUAGCUAUUUUGAAACGGCUGGUAGUUUCUGUUCUACAGGGAGAAGAUCCAAUGAAUUGUGUUGCACUGAGCGCAAAAUUGUAUGAUGCCGUGUAUUUUUGUUCCACUCAAAAGUAAUCAGGGAUCAUUAUUCACUUA